CUUUUUGAUUCACAAUCCUUCACGUAUCCCUCGCUCUCUCUUUCCCUCCUCUCAGUGGGCUUCCUGCUCUCUCUCUCUCACCUUUCUCUCCAGAGUGGAGGGAGGCGAGCGAAAGAGAGUGCAGCUGGAGUUGUGGUCCGCUCGCUACGCCCGUCAGAAGUGUGUUUCAGCUCCACGCUCUGUGUCUCUGCACAGCGACGCCAAGAUCAUGCAGCCAGCCUGAGGUUACGGCUCAUCUGAGGGGAAGGUGGCAUCUCGCUUUGAGGAGGACUGAGGGGGAGAAGAAGACUGAUCAGUUGCAGAGAGAGAGAGAAACACAGAGAGAGAGAGAGGGGGGAUAAAACUGAAAGACCCCCCUUUCUCCUCCUCACCUCACUAAACAGAGCAAAAACGGAAGGCUUUGGAGUAUUCAAUUUUUUCUUUCGUUUUAUAUUUUUCUUAUUCCUCAUCGCGGUGCUGGGAGGUGCUUCAUCUUUUCACAUAGUCUCCCUCUCUGUCAUCUGCCUCCUCAUCUACUUCUCCAUCUAUGUGGUGUAUAAUUUCUUAUAUCCAUGAAUGUGAGAAAGGAGAGGGGAGUUUUGAUUUGAUUUUUGUCCUUUUCCCUGUCCCUCCUCACUCUUUCCCCACGUCCUUCCACCAAACCACCAUCCCUGUCACUUCCUGUCAUUUUACCUCUAAAUACCACUUAUCAGUUCACGAUCUCUCCCAUCUCACACCUCUCUCUGUCUCUAUAAACUCUGAUGUGAUAUGAAGUUGGAUGAAUUUUCUUCAGAGACAACUAAAAACUCCUCAUGAAUGACUCUUUUUUUGUUGUUUUUUUUUCCUUCUCUCUUGGUCCCUCCACACCCAUUUUCUUUGCAUCACACUCUUGCGGGAUUCUUUAAUGUUACCUCUAGAUCGAGAACAAUCGAGAAGGAGAUCGGGCCGGCAAGCUCCUGAUCAUGACUGGCUAAAUUAAGCAGAACCACAGAAGUGACAGAACGCCAAAGAAGAAAGAAGGGGAGAGCGACGAAGAGGAGUACAUAUAGACACAGUGCUCCUCAUCUCCACAGCAACAGCGCUCACACUCCAGCAGACUUCUGGAGGGAGGCUUCAGCUCAAUCACCAUCUUUGGUGGGAAGGGAACGGCGGUUGGAGGGAGAGAGACCAAUGAAAAGACUUCAGCUCAUCCAUCCCUACGUCUUAUGAUUUAGUCACUUCAAAUCUGCUCACCUGUACAGACAUUUUAGGUUAAUUGUCAGUUUCUAAGACUUCUGAAAUCUUGACAAAAAAGAGAUCAGUCAGUCUGGAACUCAUUUCUGACACACACCAUCCUCCUUCCCUCUAAUAGUUCAGAAGCCCCUCGCCCUUCCACCUUCACCCAACCCAAGUUCACUCCUGUGUCCACCAGACUUCUGUCUUCUGUGCGCAAAUUUAUCUGUCUACAUCUAAAUCCCUUCAUCUGAGGCUAUGAGAGGAGGAUUCACAUCGCAGGCCACUCCAUCAUGCCCGUUCUGAAGAGCAGAGAGGAGAUCCAGGCUGGCAAUGUUCAAGGGACGACAUUUACAAUUCUCCACGAUGCUUGUCAGCCUCCGCCAUUCUCCCUCCCAUCUUCAGGACAAGUGUUUGGUGUCUCCCUCCUCAACUCGGCACUCUCCUCCUCCUCUGGACCAGUCGUGCCAUCACUCUCAACGCCAGCCACGGCUCACCCUGCCCUUUCUGUCCUUGUCCUUGUCUCUGCUCCUACUCUCCGUACUCCUGUUGCCCAUCUGCGAACCCCGGAGAGUUGGGGGGCCAGGAACGGGGCCUGGAGGUUCCCCAGGUGGACAAGGAGGUCAGAGAGGAGGCGGAAACCAGAGGGGCGCUGUUAUCCCUCCUCAUUACUCUCCGGGUUCGCCAGCACUUCCUCCUAACGCCCCCAAACUGAUCAGCUCGCUCAGCAUUGCCGUCAUCCUGGUGGGCAAUUCCAGUGAAGUAACCCUUGGUGCAGGACUUGAGAAAGAGGACUUCCUCCACAUCCCUUAUCCCCCUAAAGUUGAGGUGGUCACCAUGAAUGAGACGGACCCGAAGAGCAUCAUUAACCGGAUCUGUGCGCAGAUGAUGAGGAACUCUCUACAAGGCGUAGUGUUUGGUGACGACACGGACCAGGAGGCCAUCGCUCAGAUCCUGGACUUCAUCUCUGCUCAGACACACAUUCCCAUCCUGGGGAUCCGAGGGGGAUCGUCCAUGGUCAUGGCUGCCAAGGAUGACCACUCCAUGUUCUUCCAGUUUGGCCCCUCCAUUGAGCAGCAGGCGUCCGUCAUGUUGAACAUUAUGGAGGAGUAUGACUGGUACAUAUUUUCUAUCGUCACCACAUACUACCCCGGGUACCAGGACUUUAUCAACAAGGUACGCAGCACAAUUGAGAACAGCUUUGUGGGUUGGGAGCUUGAAGAAGUCAUCAUAUUAGACAUGUCUGUGGAUGAUGGAGACUCCAAGAUCCAGAAUCAGAUGAAGAAGCUGCAGAGUCCAGUUAUCCUGCUCUACUGCACCAAGGAGGAAGCGACCACCAUUUUUGAAGUGGCCCACUCCGUAGGCCUGACAGGUUAUGGCUACACCUGGAUCGUACCUUCGCUGGUGGCCGGUGAUGCAGACCACGUUCCAUCUGUCUUCCCUAUAGGGCUCAUCUCUGUGUCGUAUGACGAAUGGGACUACAACAUCGAGGCCAGAGUACGUGACGCAGUGGCUGUCAUUGCCACGGCAACCUCAACCAUGAUGUUGGACCGAGGGAAACAGACCCUGCAGAAGUCCAGUUGCCUUGGGACGCCUGACAAAAAGGGCUCCAGCAUCGGCCACUCCAAGGAAAUCUUAAAGUACGUCAUGAAUGUGACAUUUGAAGGUCGAAACCUGUCAUUUAGCGAAAAAGGCCACCAGAUGUUCCCUAAACUAGUCAUAAUACUUCUCGACAAGGACCGGCAAUGGGACAGGGUUGGCAAGUGGGAAAGAGGCUCAUUGACGAUGAGGUACCAUGUGUGGCCUCGUUUCGAGCUGUACUCUGACGUGGAGGAGCGGGAGGACCACCUGUCCAUCGUGACUCUGGAGGAGGCGCCAUUUGUCAUUGUGGAGGACGUGGAUCCACUCAGUGGGACAUGCAUGAGGAACACUGUGCCGUGUCGGAAACAGCUGAAACUCAGCAAUCACACAGGCGAUUCAGGGAUUUACAUCAAACGCUGCUGUAAAGGCUUCUGUAUCGACAUCCUGAAAAAGAUUGCGAAAACUGUCAAGUUCACUUACGACCUGUAUUUAGUUACCAAUGGUAAACACGGCAAGAAGGUUAAUGGGACCUGGAACGGCAUGGUGGGAGAGGUGGUGGCAAAGAAUGCUCACAUGGCCGUCGGUUCCCUCACCAUCAACGAGGAGAGGUCAGAGGUCAUUGACUUCUCCGUGCCAUUCAUCGAGACGGGUAUCAGUGUCAUGGUCUCCCGCAGCAACGGCACCGUCUCCCCCUCUGCCUUUCUAGAGCCCUUCAGCGCUGAUGUCUGGGUCAUGAUGUUUGUGAUGCUGCUGAUCGUGUCGGCCGUGGCUGUCUUUGUGUUCGAGUACUUCAGCCCGGUGGGUUACAAUCGCUGUCUGGCAGACGGACGAGAGCCCGGCGGUCCCUCCUUCACCAUCGGCAAGGCCGUCUGGCUGCUGUGGGGCCUGGUUUUCAACAACUCCGUUCCUGUGCAGAAUCCCAAAGGCACCACGAGUAAGAUCAUGGUGUCAGUGUGGGCCUUCUUCGCUGUCAUCUUUCUGGCCUCCUACACUGCCAAUCUGGCUGCCUUCAUGAUCCAGGAGGAAUAUGUGGACCAGGUGUCGGGCUUGUCAGACAAAAAGUUCCAGAAGCCGAAUGAGUUCUCUCCGCCUUUCCGGUUUGGUACGGUGCCCAACGGGAGCACAGAGCGCAACAUCCGCAACAACUACAGAGACAUGCACGCCUACAUGACCAGCUUCCACCAGAAGAAUGUAGAUGAAGCCCUGUACAGCCUGAAGACUGGGAAACUGGAUGCCUUCAUCUAUGACGCAGCAGUGCUAAACUAUAUGGCUGGCAGGGAUGAGGGCUGUAAGCUGGUAACCAUUGGGAGCGGCAAAGUGUUCGCCUCCACAGGCUACGGCAUCGCCAUCCAGAAGGGCUCGGGUUGGAAACGAGCCGUGGAUCUGGCUAUCCUCAUGUUGUUUGGAGAUGGUGAUAUGGAGGAGUUCGAGGCCCUGUGGCUGACAGGAAUCUGUCACAACGAGAAGAACGAGGUGAUGAGCAGCCAGCUGGACGUAGACAACAUGGCAGGGGUCUUCUACAUGCUCGGGGCUGCCAUGGUUCUGUCACUGAUCACCUUCAUCUGUGAACAUUUGUUCUACUGGCAGCUGCGUUUCUGCUUCAUGGGCGUGUGCUCGGGGAAGCCCGGGGUCACGUUCUCCAUCAGCAGAGGUAUCUACAGCUGCAUCCAUGGGGUACAUAUCGAAGAAAACAAGUCAACCAUUGACUCACCAUCUUCUACCAUAAAGAAGAACAUGAACAACACCCACUCCAACAUCCUACGGUUACUUCGAACUGCUAAGGACAUGACUGCAGUCCCAGGCGUUAAUGGCUCUCCACAUGCAGCCCUAGAGUAUAGCCACAGUAGCCGUGAAGCGGCCAUCUAUGACAUCCAGAAGCACCGGCAUAGCCUAGUGGGUCACCCUGCAGAUUGUAAGUCUGCUCCGCCCUAUCUUCCAGAGGAUCCCAUGUUCAGUGAUUAUAUCAGCGAGGUGGAGAGGACUUUUGGCAACAUGCCCCUGAAGGACAGCAACCUCUACCAGGACCAUUACCGGCACCACCACCCGGCCUCGGCUCUGGGUAUGUCCGGCCCCCCACCCAAUAGGCCGCGUAGCUUAGGCAGCGCUAGCUCAUUGGAAGGUGGCAUGUUCGAUGCUGACAGUUUGGGGGGAGGGGUAGCACCCAUUUUCACCACCCAGCCCCGCCCCUCAAUGACUCACAGGAAUACAAGUAAAUUUGACCUGAUUGCAGGCCACGCCGCUGCAGAUACCAAUCAGGGUGGGUUCAAAGGAAGCAAUGUUUACGGGAGGUUUUCUUUCAAAGGAGGAGCAUCCAGCACUGGGCUCAUCGGGGGACACGACAGGUACUGUGGUGGGGGAGGGGGAGGCUCAGGGGGUGACGAUGGGAAUAUUCGCUCUGAUGUGUCGGACAUCUCCACGCACACUGUUACCUAUGGAAACCUGGAGGGCAGCACCAAGAGGCGUAAGCAGUACAGGGACAGCCUGAAAAAGAGGCCAGCCUCCGCGAAGGUCAGACGGGAGCAGGACGAGAUAGAGCUGAACGCCUUCAGGAAGAGACCCCACCACCACACCGUCCACCACCACUUCCCCCAUGGGCCUCUGGCACACCGCCCGGUCUCACCUCCCCUGGAGCGGAAGAGGGGAGGAGGAACGGGUAAUUCUUCACCUUACAUAUUCCGCAAAGACAAAGACAACCUGAGGGAUUUCUAUGCGGACCAGUUCCGCUCCAAGGAGGGCAAGGCCAAGUGGGAGCAAGAGGGUGGAAGUGGAGGAAGCGGUGCAGGCGGUGGUAGUGGUGGUGGUAUCUGUAAAAGCUUAGUGCCUGUGGAAGACUUCCUCAAAGGUAAAGGGAAGAAAACAGAGUGCAAAGGUGGCAUUGGUGGAAUGUCAGCAGGGCAACAGGCUCAUACUUGCUGGGAGAAAGGAGUUUCUGGCCUUGGAGGGGGAGGAAUAGCAGGGGGUGACUGGGAGUGUCGUAACUGCCACACUGUUUGUCAUCACAGUGGAGGAGGAGGCAGCACGUGCUCAGCUAGUGGAGUUGGGGGGAGUGGCAGUCGCCCCAGCUCUGCUACGCUCUGCAAACGCUGUGACUCCUGCAAGAUACAGCCAAGCAACCUUUAUAACAUCAGUGAGGAUAACAACAUGAUUUUUAGUGGUGUGAAGAGCAGCAUAGGACCUAGUCAGACACAGACUCAGACACAGCGCAGGAAACUAGGGCCAGGCGGGAAGGUGUUACGGAGGCAGCACUCUUACGAUACAUUUGUAGAUCUGCAGAGAGAGGGAGCUGGUCGCAUGGGUGGGGUUGGAGGCGGUAUUGGCGGGCAGUUUGUUCAGCCCCGAAGUGUGAGUUUGAAAGAAAAAGACCGUUACAUGGAGGGCCCCAGUCCCUAUGCACACAUGUUUGAGAGAUAUUCGGGUGAAAGGGAAUCUCCCAUGUUUGGGGGAAUAGGUGGGGAUAGAGCAGCAGGAGGGUCCUCCUUCAGUUUGUACCGUGGAGGAGAAGGUGGGUUGCAUCGACGUUCAGUGGGGGAGAGAGACCUGAGGGACAGAGACAGAAAUAUGAUGGGAGGAGGGGGCUGUGGUGGUGGUGGUGGUAACAGAGGGGCUGGGACUUACUCCUUGUCUAAAUCUCUUUACCCAGAUAAGGUGAACCAGAACCCCUUCAUCCCAACCUUCGGUGACGACCAGUGUCUAUUACACGGUGCCAAACCGUACUACAUCAAAAAGCCACAGACGCAGCAGCAGCAACUUCUCAACAACAGCCGAGGAGGAGGGGACUUCCGCGGCUCCAUGGGAGCGACUUCCUAUUUGCCCGCAUCUGCCACAGCUGGGGUGAUGUCCAAUGUGGCCACAAGGUACCCCAAAGAGCUGUGCCUGGGUGGGGUGGGAGGACCCAUGGGGAACCACCACGGGGCCAACAAACUGCUGUCCGGAGGCAGGGACACGUUAGGUCUGGGACAGGGACAGAGACCCUUCAAUGGUGCCAAUGGACACGUUUAUGAAAAGCUCUCGAGCAUUGAGUCAGAUGUCUGAGACUGGUCAGAGGAAGAAAGGGAGAGAUAGAGAAGAUGAAGUGGGUAAAGAAAAGAGUGGAAGAGGACAAAAGCUAAUGACUUCUCUAUAUGAAGAGAAUGAGGGUACACAACAGUGUGUGUUGUUCUCGGUCUUCUAAAAGGAGAGGUUCUGGACAAAACACAGGGGCCUCUGCCACAUAAAGUUUGGCAAAGUUCAAAGUGAGAGAAGUUUUUAAUGAGACGAAAGGAUUCUGGUGCUGCUCCAACGCUUGAGCGAUCUGAAGGGAAGAGAAAGGAGGGUUGGAGGGAGUGGGAAAAGGUGAGAUCAAUUCUCCAGGCUCUGCUCUCCUCACAUCCUUAUGGUCUUUCCCUCCUUCCUGCAGUCUGUCCAAACAUUUUGUUUAGCAACUGAUAUACAAUCAUGAAUGAGAAAUCUACACUUCUGCCGAAGUAACAGGGUAAACUAACAAUAAUUGUAUUGAUGAUGUUAAUAAUAUUAUUGAAUAUUAUUCUAGUGUUUAAUGAUGAUGAUCAGUUUGUAUUGUUUUAUAUUAUUAUUAUUACUAUUAUUAUUAUCAUUAUUUGAUUUAUUGAAAUAGUUAAUGUUAUAUAUUUGUAUGAUCUUAAUUCUUUCUUAGUUCGCCAACAUUACAGGAGGCUGGGCAACCAGUUCACCGAUAUUUGUUGGUUUUCUGUAUCUUCUUUCCUAUAAAUUCUUCAUGUUUUACUUUUUUAACUUUUCUUACUUUGACUGCAGUGAAUUGUAUGUAAGAGGCAUGAUAAGCUGAGAGCAUUAAAUGUACUUUUAAAUUUGUGAUAAUUUUUUUUUUCAACUGCAGAAUCAACAUCAUCAUACUGAUUUGCGGUUUUUGUUACUUGCUUCGCCAGUACCAAAAGGGUUUCUCAAUUUGCGCUGGAUGUGCCUUAAUGGGACUUACACUGAUUUUCUGUCCAUUUUCUUUUGAUAGGAAGAUCCUCUUGCAAUCAGUCAACUGAUUUGGGAGCAAAGAUACACGAGAAAAACGUUCAAUAUUAUAGUUUUAGUUUCAUCUGGUGCCAUUAAACUAAGCUUGCAGUGAACAAAUUGAAAGACACCAUGGGCAUUAGAUCAAGAGGGAAUAUAUUACAACAUUCCUUUAUUUUUAACACUUCAGUUAACAUAACUAUGGGAGACUUAUUUUAUUUAAAUAAUGUAUUGAACCCAAGCUCCUUAUACGAAAUGAUCAAGAAACUACCAAAGUCAACAUAAUCUUUAUCGCUUAAUGGAAAACCACAGAGAUCUAGCAUUACUUACUGUUUUUAUACAUUACAAAAAAUAUUGUUACACAUUUAUUUGAAGUAAAAUCAGAAAUAAUACUUAGUUGCAAUGUAUCAGUGAAGUUGCAAUGACACAUUGCAACUUCAGAGUGCAUUAAGAUAACGAGGCUACUACAGCCACAUGCAAGUAUGGGAAUAAAGGCUGGAAAGAGUGAGAUAACAGUCCUUCUGGUUCUUUCUAAAGAUAGUAAAAUGACUUGUCCAGCACCUCUGAAGUUUACUAAUUAAUAUUGAAUAAGAUAGUUUUGUUUGCAAGUUUUAAAAAAAGCAAAAUAUUGCUGCCUAUAUAUCAAGUAUGUAGGCAGUUAUCCAAAUGUUAGUUGUGUAAUGUGAGUUGUGUAACUGAAAAAUACAUGAGCAAACAUUAUGAUUUGUCCUGUGCUGGGAGAGGGGGAGUCCAACACCAUUGACUCUUUAAGAAAAUGGCUGCUUUAUUAUUCCCCAAUUCUUGAAGAUAAUGGUAAAAAUAGACCAUAGCUGUUCUCUCAGUCGGUGUCUGCAAAGUGUUUACUUUUGCAGAUGAAACAAUCAAAAUGUUGUCAUUUUCUAGGCUUUAGUUUUUAUAAUGCUUUUACCUGCCCAUACUAAAAGUCUGCUACAAUUAGUCUUUUUUUAUUAGCUUUAUUAUAUAAGAAUAGGUUAUUAUAAGUUAUGUUAAGAGUUUCAUGCGGCUUCAGUGUCAGAGGCUGCAGAAGCCAUAUGGCUGGUGAUGUCACUUUGUGCAGCAACUCUUGUCUAACAGCGUCUAACUGUCAGUAUCAGAACUGUAAGUUAUUUGGUAUUUAUUCUGGGGUCAUAAUUUCUUGUGCUUCACAAAUUAUUACCAAAAUUGGAAUUAGAAACACAAUCAAUGGAAAUGUGGUGUAGAAUAAAAUCCUCAAAAUUAGGGUAUGUGAAGUUUGAGCAGGUUUGUGAUUUUUUAUUUUGAUACUUUUUAUAAUGUUUACAAGUCAUUUAACCACAGGAGAAAUAAACCUGUAACCAUUGGCUUGUACUGAAAGCCAUGAAAUCUGGAAUUAGGUUAGGACAACUGGCAGUGAGUGGGUACAAAACAAGGGUAAGAGUUACCAUUGUGUUAAAUUAACUGAAAUUAAUUUAAAUAAAACAUCUGUUACACAAUUGUUACCCACUCUAUACUGGAUUACAUAGUUAGUGUGAGGACAAAUAGAACAAUGUCUGACAAAUUUGGUCUUGAGGAUUUCAAAAGCUGUGUAAGUGGAAAAGUGCAAGUCCUAUAAAGAUGCCACAGUUAACAAAAGUGAUAGAAGGCUGCACAGAAGACAAGAGUCAGAAAGUCAGUCUUUCUGGAGAAAACAAGGACUUUUUCUGUUACCGCAGUACUGUAGACAUAAACUGUAAGAAACAAAACAGCUGCCUGACAGUCUGUUUCAAGUCAGCAUGGAAUCCAUUAAGGUUUUAUUUCCUUUUCUAAUUUGAGAAACAUCUACUUAUAUGGACAACGUGUAACUAAUAAACAAGUUGUUAGCAGCAUUAUCCAAGGUCAGCAAAUCACUGUACACACAUUGAAUACAAGAAUAAGUUGCAUGAUCAGAGGUGCAAAAAUGUCGCGCCUUGUGAUGGAUUUGCAGUCCUUCUAUGCAUAUUUUCUAUUUCCUUGCUCAGAUGUAAUCUUUCAGACUCAAACUCCCAAAGUUCUCAAUGCUUUAAAAAAGAAAAAAAAACUUCAUAAUGAAUUUAUGUCAUUCCUGUUAGAAUCAGGCUUUAAAUGUGAAAAACUGCAAAAAACAGACUGAAUGGAUGGAUAUAUAAAUAUUUCUCCAUACAUAUUUUUUAAACACUUAUAGAAUUUUUUAAACACGUUUAAAUACUAUAGCGAAAAGUCAUUUUUCAGACUAAAUAGAAACUCUGGAGACUUAAACUGAAACUUUGCAAGAAUUGUCAAAAAAGUACCCAAAUGCUGAUAAAAUUUGUUUUUAUCUAGUAAGCAUUGAAGGGCUUUAUAGUCCAAUGCCACUGGAAGGAAAAAACAAUAAAACAGGAAAAAUCUCAACAACUUGCUUACUAAAAUAUAGUGCUCGCACAGACAUUUUGAUACCUUUAAACUGAGCCUGACUUGCUGUUUUUGUGCUUUUUACAGUCUUUAUUUCACAUAAACACAUAAGAAAAACAAAAUCUAUAAUCAUCUUCUAAAUUAACUAUGGGCAGUAGAUUAUCCCCACAAAUACAAAGAUACACUAGUUGUUCAAAGUUGUGGGUCCAAUAGUUUUAGCUUCCAAAAUAUUAAAAGCUAUAGCCUUAAACCGUCCUUCGCUGAACGGUAAAGCUAUGUCACAUAUUUAGACUUUGAGUGAAUUUUGGCUUGAAAUCCAGAGUCCUUUGUUCAUUAAGGACAUAGGACUCUUUUGGGAAAAUAUGAGAAUGAGUUAUAUAAACAUGUAGUACCUUUUGUAUAAGAGAAAAUAAAAACGGUAUGGCUUUUAGGAUUUUGACACCUACCAAAUCUACAAUUGCCAAAUUACAAUAAGAAAAAAAUAAAUAUAUAUUUUCAGUCUCCUUUUGCCAUUUAACAUGCAUAUUCAGUCAUUUUACCCACGCUAGAUCUAAUACAGAAGCACAAUGUGACUGAAUGGAUAUUAACUUGUAAAGCCCCCUCAGAACCUUUCUAGACUCUUCUCUUGGCUGACAAGUCAGUAUGUAUGAUACUUAAGGUCUCUACUGUUUGUAUGGGUUUGCAUGUAUGUGUUUCUUUUUCUUAUUUAAUUUUUUUAUCUUGACUUUUAACCCAAAAGUGACGCGUGUUUUUAAAACAAUUUUUGGAGUCACAUCACUUUCACUGAUGCCGAUGAUCCGUGUAGUUCUGUAGAUGUGUGUGAGUGUUUGAUUUUAUUUUUCUGCAAGAGAAAAUACCAAUCCAAGACUGAAAUUCAUGCUGAAAUUCACAAAAACAUGGCUGAAUUAAUUGAAAAAAAUAUAUAUGUGUUUUUUUAAUGAAAAAGGUCAUAUUGUGGUGAUUUAAAUACCAGUUUUCUUGACUGUUUCAUACUUUUCUUCAAAGCUGAGGUCUUGGUUUGAUUCUUUGUCACUAAGAAAGUGGCUCUUUUUCAUAACCUCUACUUUUUUUUUUGCUUUUCUCCCAUUUUUAAAAAAAAAAAUCAUUAUUUGUUAUUGUAUGUGCCUGAAUACAUACGCUUGAUUACCUCUGUGUGCUCAUAUGGAAGAGAGGCAGCGUGAGUGAGACUGUUUGUUGUACAUGUACAAUAAAAUGAGAUGUAAAUAUCUUACCUCACAUUCAUGAACUUUUGAUAAUAACUGUAAAAAAAAACAAAAAAACAGAGUACAUCUAUUUGGGAUAAAUCUUUGAUUAGUCAACAUCCCUUCAACAAAAGUGCUUUUGUAACGACUUCAGGCCAGGAAUUGUGCAAUGAUUUAUUAUUACACUUAGUGCACAUAUUUAAUGAGUGAAGGUCUGUGUUUUCAUUUUGUUCUUGAUUUGGUCUUUAAAAAAGAUGUUUUUCUCAAAGAAAAAAAAUGUACAGGACCUUCAUUUACUGGUAAACAGAAAGCACAAUCGACAUUUUUACAGAGCUGUUCUAUUUUCCCCUCUUUGUCUUAAAAAAGAAAAGUCUUCGGUUUUUUGUGUUUUGCUGCAGAGGAUCGAACUUCAUCCCUGAGCUGUACAGAUUGUGAAAAGUGUACAUACAAGAAAACUCUAGUUCAUCCUUGCAUUCUUUUGUAUGGAGAGAUAUUACUUGUGUGAAGAGAGUAUUUCAGAUUUGAUUGAAUAUUUAGUAAUAUUGAAAACGAGAUUAAACACAGUCAAUGUGAAAAUAAGUGCUGAGAAAUAUUAUUCUUCUGUCUCUUUGGAAUAAAGGUGUUGAGUAUUAAUAAAAAAUAAGAAAUCUCAA